CCGAGCCGACGGCAGUACAACAGGAGAGACAAAACCUGGCAGACAUUCUACAUUCUACUCAACACAAUGCGUGCCGUCAUCUGGAACAGCACCAUGGGGGAACUUCAUUCCCAAUCUACACAGCAGCUACAAAACGAUCUCACCCAUAACGUGAAGACGCUUGCAGCAGCCGUUAAGGUCGCGGACUCCCAGCUGAAACAGAUGGACGCCCGCAUUGCUGCUCUGGAGGCAAGGCCUUCCCAAUCAGCGCCAGGCUGCAUGACAGACACGACGAAGCAGCUCAACGGGCGCAUCGACCAUGUCGUCAAUCUCAUCGGCGACCUAGGUGCUUUCACUGGUCCGGACACGAUCAGCAGCACGGUGGCCGCCAUCAAGACGGACAUCACCAAGCUGCAGACAAGACCGGACGCCGCUACUAAGAAUUACAAGAUGCUGCACUUCAACAUCAGCAAGUUCGACGACUACAACAAGACAGACGCCUUGACAUCGUGGCAAUGUUUCCCCACGGAAGCCUCUUGCCGCACUGUCCCGGCUGAAGACAUGUUGAAGGCGCUUUACCUACAACUGAUUGGAGGAGCACAGGCAUGGAUGAACCAUUUGGCGGCAACCAAGCAAUGCACCAUCGCCGAACUCCACACGCACAUUACGUGGAAGGAGUUCGAGCAACUAUGGUUCACUCGGUUCAUGGUCCGCAACGUCGUGAAGGCGGCCAUGAACGAGGUGUAUACCAGCUCACAAGGAAGCAUGCCAACUCGAGACUGGACAAUCAAGUGGCAGAAGAUAGUAACCACGUCGGGCUUCGAUUUGAGUUUUCCAAACCAACGAUCCGAUUUUUUCUCGCGAUCGUGCACAGGAUUGCGGUCGGCACUCGGCAACAAGUACGACUAUGCCUCGUUCCAAGCUAUUCUGGAUCGCGCGAACCUGGUCAUCCAAACGGACGACAAGGCCGCUAACGAGAAGCAGUCCCAGCCGCACUAUGUGGCUAAGCAGGGCUAUCAACGAUCGGCACAUAACAAUGUCGUGAUUUAUGAAGAAACAGUCGAUCUCCACGCUGCAGCAGCAUCCUUGGGUGAUGGAGGAGUUCUUGCAGCGCUCCCGCCGAAGCGUCCCAAGAGAGUUCGGAAGAACAAGGCGACAGACGCGACGACAUCGGCAGGAACUGGGCAGCAACCAUGGACGGCAUACAAGAUAACCAAGGAAGUAUAUGACCUUCGUCAACGUGAUCCGGUCAGCUCGCCACUGAUUUCCGAGGACUCGACGGCGUGGUCAAGACUUGAGGAGCUUGACCCGCUUACGAGAGAGGACUUCGCUUGGAUGCCUCUACCCUCAACCGGAACCUUGCCGAGGCCGCACUGCAAUGCCUUAGUGGCAAAUCUACGCUCCUAUUUGCACACUACAGUACCAGCUCCGUUGACGGACGACGGGGUAGCGGUUGUCGAUCUCCGCUCCUAUCUUGCGAAGAUUGACCGCGAGUAUGCCACCCAAAGGUACGCCGAAACCGAUGCGCCUUUGCUCUAUAUCCGCAUUCAAAUCGGAAAGGCAACCUUUAGUGCCUUGAUUGAUUGCGGAGCGUCUCGCAACUUUAUGAGCCAAGCCUUUAUGGCCCGCGCCGGCCUUGGCCCGUGCGUUCGAAGGAAGACGCAACCUGCGCAAGUUACACUCGCGGACAGCCCCACGCAAAAGUCAAUUGACCGAUGCGUCGACAACGUUCCAGUAUACUUUGCGCCACUUGCGUGCGAGCCGGUGUCUUUUGACAUCCUCGACACCAAGUUCGACAUGAUUCUAGGCAUGUCUUGGUUGCGUAGCGCCGAUCAUUCGGUGAACUUCCACGACCGAACCGUUCACAUCCGUGAUCGGAACCGAGUGUUAGUCCCAUGUACAGUCGCGACCCCUCACACAUCGAUUGCUUGCCACGUGGUUUCCGUUGCGAGAAUUCGCGACGCCAUAGCUCGGAAUGACGUCGAGGAGAUGAGCCUUGUAUUCUUGCAUGCUCUUCCCUCGCCGGACGGACCAGCCGCGUCACCACCGGACCCAUGCAUUUCUCACCUCUUGGACGAGUAUAGAAACAUCUUCGAGGUUCCCACCGUAACGGUUCCGGAUCGGCCCGUACGUCACGGGAUCACUCUCGAGGUUGGUGCCGUCCCUCCGCGUGGAUGUAUUUACCACAUGAGCGAAGAGGAACUCCAGGUGCUUCGCGCACAACUCGAUGACCUUCUCGACAAGGGCUGGAUUCGCCCUAGUUGUUCGCCUUACGGUGCCCCUGUUAUCUUCGUCCGGAAGAAGAACAAAGAUCUACGGUUAUGCAUCGACUAUCGCAAACUUAACGCACAAACCGUAAAGAACGCCGACCCUCUCCCUCGGAUUGAUGAUCUCCUUGAGCGGUUAGGCGGCGCCACGUACUUCUCGAAGUUGGACUUGAAGUCAGGUUACCACCAGAUCAAAAUCCAACCUCAAGAUCGGUACAAAACCGCGUUCAAGACGCGGUGCAGGGGCCGUACCCUGAAGGACUUUCAAGCCUGAGUCGACCCCACUGCGGGUCCCAUUUGGCUCGACCCGCCCACGCU